GAGCGCUGUGUGGAGGACCCCGAGACGGGGCUGCGCCUGCUGCCUCUCACCGAUCAGGCCGCCAGGGGCGGUGAGCUGGUCUACACAGACUCGGAGGCUCGGGACGUGUUCGAGAAAGCCACCGUGUCAGCGCCAUUUGGCAAGUUCCAGGGCAGGACAGUGACCAUCUGGGAGCUCAUCAACUCCGAGUACUUCACGGCGGAGCAGCGGCGGGACCUGCUGCGGCAGUUUCGCACGGGCAAGGUCACCGUGGAGAAGAUCAUCAAGAUCGUCAUCACCGUGGUGGAGGAGCACGAACAGAAGGACCAGCUCUGCUUCGAGGGCCUGCGCGCCCUGGUGCCCGCCGCCGAGCUGCUGGAGAGCGGGGUCAUCGACCGCGACCUCUACCACCAGCUGCAGCGGGGCGAGCGCUCAGUGCGAGAGGUGGCAGAGGUGGGUGCCGUGCGGCGGGCUCUGCGGGGCGCCAACGUCAUCGCGGGGGUGUGGCUGGAGGAGGCGGGGCAGAAGCUGAGCAUCUACGAGGCCCUGAAGAAAGAUCUCCUGCCUCCAGAGGCAGCCGUGGCUCUCCUGGAGGCCCAGGCCAGCACCGGCCACAUCAUUGACCCCGCCACGAGCGCCCGGCUCACCGUGGACGAGGCGGUACGUGCUGGCCUGGUGGGGCCUGAGCUGCAUGAGAAGUUGCUGUCGGCCGAGAAGGCCGUCACUGGCUACAAGGACCCCUACUCGGGGCAGAGCGUCUCCCUGUUCCAGGCCCUGAAGAAGGGCCUCAUCCCAAGGGAGCAGGGCCUGCAUCUGCUCGAUGCCCAGUUGUCCACAGGUGGCAUCGUGGACCCGAGCAAGAGCCACCGUGUGCCCGUGGACGUUGCCUGUGCCCGCGGCUACCUGGACGAGGAGACCAGCCGAGCCCUGUCGGCCCCCAGAGAUGAAGCCAAGACUUACCGUGACCCCGGGUCGCAGGAGCCGGUCACCUACGGCCAGCUCCAACAGCAGUGCCGGCCCGACCAGCUGACGGGGCUGAGCCUGCUGCCGCUGUCGGAGAAGGCCGCCCAGGCCCGGCGCGAGGGGCUCUGCUCCGAGCUGCAGGCCCGUGAGACCUUUCAGAAGACUGCCGUGGAGGUACCCGUGGGCAGCUUCAAGGGCAGGACGGUGACGGUGUGGGAGCUGCUCAGCUCCGAGUACUUCACGGUGGAGCAGAGAGAGGAGUUGCUGCGGCAGUUUCGGACGGGCACGGUCACCGUGGAGAAAAUCAUCAAGAUCCUCAUCACCAUCGUGGAAGAGGUUGAGACCGUGCGGCAGGAGAGGCUGUCUUUCAGUGGUCUCCGCACCCCGGUGCCAGCCAGCGAGCUCGUGGCCUCCGGGAUCAUCAGCAGGACCCAGUUCGAGCAGCUCAAGGACGGCAAGACCUCGGUGAAGGACCUGUCGGAGUUGAGCUCCGUGCGGACGCUGCUGCAGGGCAGCGGGUGCCUGGCCGGCAUCUACCUUGAGGACUCCAAGGAGAAGGUGACCAUCUACCAGGCCAUGCAGCGAGGCCUGCUCAGGCCCAGCACGGCCACUCUCCUGCUCGAGGCCCAGGCGGCUACCGGCUUUCUGGUGGACCCUGUGCGGAACCAGCGCUUAUAUGUCCACGAGGCUGUGAAGGCAGGUGUCGUGGGCCCCGAGCUGCACGAGAAGUUGCUGUCGGCCGAGAAGGCCGUCACUGGCUAUAAGGACCCCUACUCGGGCAGCACCAUCUCCCUCUUCCAGGCCAUGAAGAAGGGCCUGGUCCUUAGGGACCACGGCAUCCGCCUGCUGGAGGCCCAGAUCGCCACGGGC